UGCUGAAGAAGCGGGAGCCGCCUCGCCGAGCUCGCGGAGUGGCGCGAGAGGAGCGCGCGCCGCAGUGAGAGAGUGAGAGUGAGGGAGAGAGAGAGAGAGACAGAGAGAGGCUGACGGAACGGACGCGCGCGCUCUCAGUUGAACGGCACCUCAUGCCGUGAGGUGGUGGUGGAGCGGGUCGCGUGAAGAAAAGGUGGAGAGAACAGGUGAAGUCACCUCCACACACACUGAGCGUGCGCACACGCACGAGAGAAGACAGAGAAAAGAGAGGAGAGAGAGAGAGAGAGAGAGAGAGAGAGAGAGAGGUGGGUAGUCGCGUGCUGCUGCUCUUCAGUGCUCGCGCCUCUGCUCGUGCUGAUCAGACUGAUCAGUUGAUUCUCUGGAUUUCAGUUCGUAUCUCCAGCCCGCGGUCCGCCCUCUCUCUCCGCGCGCGACUUUCCACCGUCACGCGCUCUCUGAAGCGGCGGGAAAAGACGCCGUAUCGGUUCCGGCGGACUCCGUCCCCGUCUGCUCGGUCUCGACUGACUCUGUAAACCCUCACCCGUCAACCUCCACCAGAGCCCCACCCACUAAAUCAGUUGAAGAAUUGCCAUAUUGAUCAUUUUUGUUGAGGACCUCAGACAGUACACAGCAGGAUUAGCCAGCAGACUUCGUCUGAAGGAGGGAUCUGUACCUACUGUCUGUGGGAGGUCAGCAGAUGAGGGAGCUAUUAUUCCUCUGAAACGGGAGAGGAGAGUGGAUCUGUACACUGAGUCCUCGGCUGAACUCUGAUCUCUGACCACUGAACUGGUACCAGGAUAUAAACGGGACCAGGCUUGAGUGACAGCGGACCUGUAUGCACUGUGACUGUCAUCAAAAAGGCGGAGCUUUAAUGAAGAGACAGAUCUGUUAACGGUCUUUGGGAAGGGGACCCUUCAGAGCGAGGAUGGGGUCACCAUGGAAACCACUGCUCAUGCUGUCAAUUAUCAGCGGCCUGGCAGACUUUGCCAGAUCGGUAGCGGGUAGACCCGUGUCCUACGCGGCUGUGCUGCGGAUGAAGCCGGACAGCUCCUCCUCCUCCCUGCUGACCCCUCGCUCCAGACCCCGGCAGGACCACGGCUCCUUCGCUCAGGACUGGCCCCCGUUCUCCAGGCAGAGGCUGUCGGCCCUCAGCUCUCAGGAGGACUACCGCAGCGAAGAAAGUGAAGAGUACGGGCCAGUGUUCAUCCAGGAGCCUGACGACGCUAUCUUCUCCCUGGACUCGGAUGAUAAGAAAGUCAUGAUGAGCUGCGAAGCGAGAGGAAACCCUGCUCCCACCUACAGUUGGCUGAUCAAUGGCACAGAUGUGGAUGUAGAGGCGGAUUUCCGCUACAGUUUGAUUGACGGAAACUUGAUAAUAAACAACGCCAGCGAAGCCAUUGAUUUCGGGAAGUACCAGUGCAGAGCGGAGAACAGCGUUGGAACCGUCCUGAGUCGAGAAGCUCUCCUGCAGUUCGCCUACCUGGGUGUUUUCAGCACUCGAGCGAGAGGAGGCGUGUCUGUGAGAGAAGGUCAGGGGGUUGUGCUCAUGUGUACCCCUCCUCCACAUUCACCAGAGAUCAUCUACAGCUGGGUGUUCAACGAGUUCCCCUCGUUCGUGGCGGAAGACAGCCGGCGCUUCAUCUCGCAGGAGACGGGCAAUCUGUACAUCUCCAAAGUGCAGCCCUCGGACGUGGGCAGCUACAUCUGCCUGGUGAAGAACACUGUGACCAACGCGAGGGUCCUGAGCCCGCCAACGCCACUCACGCUCAAAACAGAUGGUGUAAUGGGAGAGUAUGAGCCAAAGAUCGAGGUCCACUUCCCUCCUACAGUUCUGGCGGCUAAAGGAGUGACUGUGCGACUGGAGUGCUUUGCCCUGGGGAACCCUGUUCCGACGAUUACCUGGAGGAAGAUCAAUGGAAACAUUCCCAAAAAGGCUCGUCUGCGCAAGUCCCAGGCUGUGCUGGAGAUCCCCAACAUUCAGCUGGAGGAUUCGGGAAGCUAUGAGUGCAAAGCAGAGAAUUCACGAGGAGGCACUGCCUUCCGGGGACACCUCCAGGUGUACACCAUGCCCCAGUGGACCAGUAUGAUAAAUGACUCCCAGUUGGACAGUGGGGAGCAGUUACAGUGGGAGUGCAGAGCAACGGGGAAACCCAGACCCACCUACCGCUGGCUACGCAACGGAGAACCUCUGACCCCACAGAACAGAGUGGAGAUGCUGAACGGAGAGCUGAUCAUCCACCGAGUGCAGCAGGCCGACUCCGGCAUGUACCAGUGCGUCGCCGAGAACAAGUACGGGGCCAUCUACUCCAGCGCGGAGCUGAAAAUACUGGCUUCAGCACCCAUGUUCAACACGAACACAGUGACCAUCAUCGCCACCAUGGGUAAAGACGUUUCUCUGGAGUGCAGACCACGAGCUUCUCCCAAACCCAGGAUCACAUGGAAUAAAGGAGACAGGAGAGUCCAGGCCAGCAGGAGAAUUAUGCUGCUCCGCAACAACACGCUGCGUAUCAUCAACUCCAGCCGCGCUGACGAGGGGAGCUAUGUGUGCCAGGCUGACAACCAGUUUGGCUCAGCCGAGAUGACCACCACCCUGCUCGUCAAAGAGGCCAUGAAGGUGGAGCUGAGCCCGAAGCGCGUGGAGGUGACGGUGGGGGAGAGCGUGGUGCUCAGCUGCAAGGCCACACACGACCCCUCGCUCGACGUCAACUUCCUCUGGCUGCUCAAUAACCAGCCUCUCAACGCUCAGCAAGGCGGAGGCCACUUCGAGUACAUCCGAACACAGUCCUCCAUGGCGGACCUGAUGAUCAGAAGCAUCCUGCUGAAGCACGCUGGGAAAUAUGGCUGCCGGGUGCAGACGACUGCGGAUACGGUGCUGGCUGAAGCCGAGCUGCUUGUGAGAGGCCCCCCGGGACCCCCUGGAGUGGUGAUUGUUGAGGAGAUCACUGAUACCACGGCGACGCUCUCGUGGAGCCACGGCGUGGACAACCACAGCCCAAUCACCACCUAUAACCUUCAGGCUCGCAGCCCCUUCUCUCUGGGCUGGCAGACCGUCAAAACAGAUCCAGAGCCAGUGACUGGAGACAUGGAGUCUGCCAUGGCUAUUGAGCUGAACCCCUGGGUGGAAUACGAGUUCCGAGUGGUGGCCACCAACUCUAUCGGCACAGGAGACCCCAGCGCACCGUCCAGGGCGGUCCGAACUAAAGAAGCAGUUCCGUCUGUAGCGCCAACCAACGUGAGCGGAGGGAACGGGCGCAGGCACGAGCUGGUGGUAUCCUGGGAGCCUGUAUCUGAAGAGUUCCAGAAUGGGGAGGGCUUUGGAUACAUAGUGGCUUUCCGAGCCAACGGGACUCGAGGGUGGAAGGAAAAGAUGGUGACUUCGGCAGACUCCACCACCUACAAGUACAGGGAUGAGACAUUUCCACCCCUGACCCCGUUUGAAGUGAAGGUGGGCGUGUACAACAACAAAGGCGAUGGACCCUUCAGUAAAGUCGUCACCGUGUUCUCUGCAGAAGGAGAGCCCCGGGAAGCCCCCACUGAGGUGAAAGCGUCUGCCAUGUCGUCCUCCGAGAUCAAGGUGAUAUGGAUGGCGCCAAACCCCGGUCCUGGAAGACCUCAGGGGUAUGAGGUGAGCUACUGGAAGGACAUGGAGCAGGAGGAGUCGGGGAAGAAGAAGAGGACGGUGGGGAACGAGACGGCCAUGCUGCUCUCAGGUCUGGACGGGAACACGGUGUAUCUGAUCACAGUCAAAGGCUUCAACAGCAUCGGUCAGGGUCCGCCCAGCGCUGCUAUCAGAGUCAACACAAAGAAAAACCCUCCAAGCCUGCCACCAGGUAACGUGAUGUGGAUUCAAGAGGGCAACAAUGUGUCUUUAUCUUGGGAUCCAGUGAAGGCCAUGGAGAACGAGUCAGACGUUAUUGGAUACAAGGUGUUACUGCGUCAGGAGGGGCGGGGUCACAGUCAGGUGAUGCGGACCCCAAACUCGGCCGCGGUGCUGGUGCUUCCUGAAGGAGGCACGUACAUCAUCGUGGUGCGUGCAGUCAGCGAGGGGGGCGAGGGGGCCGCCAGCUCUGAAAUAAGAGUACUCACAUCCUCAGGUGUGCGGGCGAAGAGUGGACAGCUCUCUGUGCACACUCUGCCAUCCAACUUAGUAUGGACUCCUUUACUCCUGGUCCUGAUGGUGCCUUCUGCCCCCUGGUGAGGCUAUCGAGCCAUGCCCACCCCCUGCCCACAACCCAGCCCUGACCCCCCCCGCCCCCUCAAAAACACCCUGCUACGGAGGGAAUAGACUCUCUCCACUCCACACAGACUGCCUACGCCAGCCUGGACCAUCUUCAGAACCUUCAGAACCUGCGGGCUAGCCAAGGGGAACGUUCUUCUGCUUUUUUUUUUUUUUGUGUGUUGUUUAAUUUUUAUUUUAUUUUAUUUUAUUUCCAAACCGGGACAGAUUAUCGAUUUAUUGAUUUGGAUUAUUGGAAACCAUCUGCGUCCCAUCGGUUAUCUCCUCCAUACUUACAGUUGUUUUAUUUUUUGUGUUUUUUUCUCUUUGGAUUAUCAUUGUAGUAUUGUGCUGUACAUAUGUUGUGCAGUUAUGGAAUUGACUGUAUAAACUGCAAAAACCCCCCAAAAAAACCCAAAGCAGUCCUACCACAGUCUCCACGCAGAUCCUGGACCAGUGUGGACGGAGCAGAGCGUGGACUGCGUUUCCCAGUCUUGUAGCUCGGCUGAGGCCUGGCUGAGGCCUUUCCCUGCCCCCCGCAAUUGCCCCUCAUGCCAUCUUUCAUCAACUGGUACCCCCCUUGGCUGCCUGAGAAGCACCGCAGUGAACGCUCCAUAUGGAUAAGUGCAUUGUUUUCUUAUUAACACGUGAAGAAAGUGCGAAGAGGAGGAGGAGGAGAAGAAAAACGGUGGAAAAAAAAAACGAAAAAAAAUGUUUUUUAUAGUGCCGAGAGUCUUACUAUUUCCAGACUUCCUUUUUGUACAUCAUGUGACCUUUAGGAGAUCAAAACAAGGACAGACAGUGGUGUGUGACAGUUUGCAUUUGGCUGCGUCAGAGUUUAGAUUAUUAUUUUUUUUUUAGUUGAUUAGUUUGUGUUUCUGUUGUUUUUUUUGUUUGUUUUAAUAUGUUUUUGCUUUGUUUUAUAAGGUUUGUAUGUAUGUGUGUGUGCGUGGUGAGUGUGUGUGCGUGUAUGCUUGUGUGUGUGUGUUUCUGACACAUGCCCGAGGCUGCUGGGCAUCGGCGUGAGUGUUUGAGGUAGGCUAGAGGGCUGUGGGCUCACCUGUAGUGCCCAAACACAUCAUUAGACCAAGACAAAGACCACUCUGUGACGAGUCAUGGUGACAGCUGAAAUAAAUGUGAUGUAUAUUUUUAA